CCGAGAUAUGAGACACGCCUGUGUUGCUGGGUAACCAAAGCGCUCGUGAGAAGCUUCCAAAUCAGGUGUGACGCAGAUGUUUUAGUUGACUUCCUCCAAGAUGGCGAGUGUCGUACUGCUCGCUGUCUUCCUUCUGUCCGGCAGUUUUCCUGCCCGAGCCCAGGACACCAGAACCGACCAGGCUGGGUCCGCCCUGCGGGAGUAUGUAGACAAGGGCUACUGUACCUACACCUAUGUGGUUCCGCCUGGGUCUCGUACUGAGGGCUGCACACCACCGGGUCUCGAGCGGCAGCUCGCCGAGACCGAGGAGGAAACGGGCCGCUUGAAAAAUCAAGUGGAUCGCCUGUCGUCGCUGGUGGAAAUUUUGAUAUCCAGGAUGAACAAUCUCUCUGCUGAACUGAAGGAGGAGAAAGGCAGGAGUGCACAGCUGGAACAGAACCUGACACAGGAGCUGCAAGAACAAGAAACCCGUCUCCAAACCAAGUGUACCUGUGAGAGGCUGGUACCGGAUGGCGUCAUCUCUACAACUGCAGCCACGCUGACCAGUGAGCCAGAGACCGGUGCUACGAUGAUGUCGCCCACGGAGCCACUGUCCACCACUCCAUGCGCGAAAAGUACAGAAGCUGCUGAGAUCACGACUACAAAUCAGCCCACUCCCGGCGCUGGGACUGCAACUGGGAUUCAAGUUCGUCUUGUCAGUGGCUCAACUCCAAUUGAAGGCCGAGUGGAGGUCCGAAACGGUACCGGCCGAUGGGGCUCCGUCUGUGAUGACAACUUUGACCUGCAGGAUGCUGAUGUUGUUUGCAGACAGCUCGGCUUCCGGGCGGCCCUGGAGGUGAAACUGGCGGGUCAUUUUGGGGAAGGAUCGGGGAACGUCUGGCUGGACGAGGUGGCCUGCAGGGGCAACGAGACGGACCUUGGAGACUGUCCUGCUGACUCCUGGGGACGGAGUGACUGCUCACACAAGGAAGACGCAGGAGUCGUCUGUGCAGACAAAUCAGCCAUCCGGCUUUUUGGCGGCCACGUGCCCUGGGAAGGACGGCUGGAGGUCCGCCCGGGAGAGAAGUCGGGGUGGGGUGUCGUGUGCAACACCGGCUGGACCGAGGCUGCCGCUGGUGUCGUGUGCAGACAGAUGGGAUACACCGGCGGGAUGACGUCAUCUGGACUGCCCGGUGUCGGGGAGGGCAGGGGUCAGAUCUGGCUGGGUGACGUCACCUGCAGUGGAGACGAGACCAACAUCCUGUCCUGUGGCUUCAGCUGGGAACCUUCUGACUGUGAUCAUAGCCAGGAUGUACAAAUCAUCUGUACAGGUGCCGUGUCUGCCCGACUUGUGGGAGGCCAGAAUGCAUCAGAAGGUCGAGUGGAGGUCCGGCCCGGAAAUGGAGACUGGGGAACGGUCUGUGAUGACGACUUUGACGACAGGGACGCCCAGGUGGUCUGUAGACAGCUUGGGUAUCGGAAUGGAGUCGCCAGGGUGGGAGAAGUUUUCCCUGAUGGGACAGCAAACAUCUGGCUGGACAAUCUUAACUGUACGGGGAACGAGUCUUCUGUUGGCGACUGUGAGAUCAACAGGUGGGGAGACCACGACUGUACCCACAAGGAAGACGCAGGAGUCGUAUGUAGCAAUGCAGCAGAAAAGGACUGUGCUGAGUACCAUUCAUCAGGAGUGACAACAAGCGGAGUCUACCCAAUCGGCCUUCGACUCCCCGAUGAUGUGGAGGCGUACUGUGACAUGGAUACCGCAGGAGGUGGGUGGACUGUGAUCCAGCGGCGGCAGGACGGGUCGGUUCCCUUCAACCGGACCUGGGAAGAGUACAAACUGGGCUUUGGGAACAAGAACGGGGAGUACUGGCUGGGGAACGAGAACAUCCACCUCCUGACCAGUCAAAAGAACUACUCCCUCAGAGUGGACAUAAUGGACUGGACUGGGGCUACAGCGUUCGCUCUGUACAGCACCUUUAGGGUGUCCGGUGAGUCUGACCAGUACCGGCUGCACAUUUCCGGUUAUUCAGGCACCGCGGGAGACUACAUGAACAACGGGCAGAGGUUCUCCACUGUGGACAGGGACAAUGAUAUCCUCAGCGGCGUCCAUUGUUCUCAGCAGCUCGGACAGGGCGGCUGGUGGUUUAUUAACUGCCGCACCUCUGCCCUCAACGGAGGCUACCUGGGCAACUGUGGGAGGUCCUGUCCUUUUGGGCAAGGUUUGGUGUGGUUCCCCUGGACAGGCAAUACUUACUCCCUAAAGUCUGUGUCUAUGAAGAUCAGGCCAUAAACAACAUACUUUCUGCAUUGUUUGUGUGGAAUAUGCAGACAAUGAAUCUAGAAAUCACUAAAUCUAAGAAAUGGAUAAAGUAGUAUUGCAUUUUAUAAUUUAACCUUAAUAAGAAAACUUAAUUAAAUGAGUCAUAAAUAAGAUUCACCAUGAGGUUCUUUACCACACGAAUUUAAGCAUACAACCAUUGCAUCUUGAAUACAUGUUGCAGGUGAUUGAAAAAAAGUUUGCUGUAUUUUCAUUUCAUUUUGUGGUAAUAGUUUGGUUGUCGCCACUCACAUGGCAUCUUAAAGACAGGGAAAAUAUGAAACCAAACGCAGAUUUGAGAAGUAAAGCAUGUAUGUACAUAAUUACCAAUCAGAUAAAAGAUAUACUGUAACAGUAAGAAAAAGGUCAUAAAAUUGGAAAGUUAAAUAAAACAAUUAUAUUUCCCAAGAGCAUGUUUUUGCAUUUAGUUUUUUUAAGAGUUAGAUUACUUUAGAUUCAUGACAAUAUAUACGAUGUAUCUUUUUUAUUGUAAGCACAGCCGUAGCUGCUUGUCACUUUAGAAGUUAGCAGAAUGUCGUAAUACUGUAUUCUAUUACAUACUGAUUACGUUAAGAAAAGCUGCAAGAAAAGUUGUAAGAUGAAGGCUGCAGGACCACAUGUAAGAAAGGUCUAUGAAAAGCUGUAAGAAAAGUCAUGGGAAAAGCUUGAAGAGAUGUGUAAGAAUUCAAAGCUUUACGAUAACUUGUUUCUGCGUUUCUAAUUAAAGUACAUCUCAUGCAGAGAGCUCUCUCUCUCUCUGCUUCACAAUCUACGUUCUACUACAUAAUAUGAAUUGCUAUUUUUUGUAAACACCGAUUUGUAUAUUUUAAUUUCCAUCCUUUGUAUAUUAUGACAGGCUGUCAACAAAGUAACUGCGUCUUAAACAAGCUUACAAACCCUCAAUGUGGUCCCGUCUGUUACCGUGGAAACUGUGUGUACAUCAUUCAGUUUUGACAUGAUAAUCUCGAAACUCUCAUGUUGUGAUACGAAUCUUCUAUCUGAGCAGAAGAGAAAGCAUUGUUUUGUAUCCUCCCCAGAAGCUUUUCCGUUUAUAAACAGUUCUCCUGUAUUGAUGGGUAAAUAAA